AUAUUAUCUCAACUAUAAGUCUCUAAAGAAGGAGAUACGAGCCUAUGAAGCCGCCGUGGCGCCGGGGGUCACGGAGGAAGAUGUUCAGCAAGACAUGGCACGCCGCUUCUCAGAGGAUCUCGACUCGCAGAUGGAGAAGGUGGUGCUGUUCUUCUUGGAGCAGCAGGGCGUGUUGGCGGGAAAGCUCCAACGGCUACGAGAGCGAAGGGAGGGGUCGAACACGCGGGGAGACGAGUCCAGCCUGGCGAUCGUCAUGUCAUCCGACUUCAGCGACAUGAUGGAACAGUACAGGGACGUGGGGCGGGAGCUGCUGCAGCUGCUGCAGUUCGUGGAGCUGAACGCCACGGGGCUGCGCAAGAUCCUGAAGAAGUUUGACCGGCGUGUGGGCGUGAGGCUGGGACACACUUACAUUGCGUCGCGCACUCUGCAUCCUUACUCGCACCUGCAACAGAUCUUCAAACAAGUGGGUCUGGGCGCCAUGGUGGGAACCAUCAUUCGCAAUUUGGACGAGCUGCACCGCAGGGAGCGCUGCUUCGCCUCGCCGCCCAAUCUCCUCUCGCCACGUGGUGCCGGCACUCCGAGACGCACGUCAUUCUCGCUCUUCAGGCAAGGGGACGAGUCCCCGGUGUACGUGGCUCAGGAGGAGCCCAUCAUCCAGGAGAUCGAGGCAGCCCGAGCCAAGCUGACAGACGCGGUGGGGUACAGCACGUACAUGGCCAAGGGGCUGCUGCUGCCGCCCGCCCCCGAGAGAGGGCCUGAGGCAGGGGAGCCGGAGUUCCACUGGUGGUCGCUGCAGCUCAACCAGUUCAACACCUUCCUCUACAUGGUGAACUGCUACAUCAUCGUGCCAACCUCAGACGAGUAUGCAGUCCUCCUUUCCGCCCCGCCCACUCUCUGCUGUAUCAUCAUCGACACCACUCCCCUCUGUGGGCUCGUGAACUAUUACAUCAUCGUCCCCCCAUCAGACGAGUACGCAGUGCUGCUCUCUGCCCCUGUGUGGCAUCAUCAUCGGGCCACGCCCCUGUGUGCACUGGUCAUCUCCUCUCCCUUGCGCCCCUCCCUUCCCCCCUCCAGUCCAGGUGAACUACUACAUCAUUGUUCCAACCUCAGACGAGUACGCAGUCCUUCUCUCCGCGCCACCCGCUCUCUGUGGCAUCAUCAUCGGCGCCACGCCCCUCUGCGCCCUGGUCUCAGCCUCAUCUUCAGCAAGUGGUCCAACACGUCCUACACGCAGCCCUUAUUCGUCUCCACGCUCGUCCUGCUGCUCGGAAACUUUGCCUACGCUGCUGCUCUGGAUUUCAACUCUGUGGCUCUGCUCCUGAUCGGCCGCUCGCUCACGGGGUAA